AUGAUCUGCGCAAAAAUUCGCAUACGCAGCAUCUUAGUCUUCUACCAACGCCUCUCUCCAUCCUUCCAUCCACUACAUCGACCACCUCGACGACCCAAGUUCGCGUUCCGUACAAUGUCCUGGCAAACCUACGUCGACAGCAACCUCCUCGGCAGCGGAAAGAUCGCCAAAGCUGCCAUCAUCGGUCUGCAGGGAGGCGUGUGGGCCUCCAGCUCUGGAUACACACUCUCGCCCGCAGAGCAGAAGGCCAUCGUCGACGGGUUCUCGAAACCCGACUCGGUGCAAGCAAACGGCGUGCGCCUGGCAGGCCAAAAGUUCUUCACUUUGUCGGUUAGUGAUCGGACCAUCCAGGCCAAGAAGGCGGCCGACGGCGCGAUCAUCGUGAAGACGAAGCAGGCGGUCCUCGUCACCGAAUAUGUUGCGCCCUGUCAGGCGCCGGAGGUCACUCCCAUCGUGGAGAACCUCGCAGAUUAUCUCAUUUCCGUUGGAUAUUAG